AUGCCCACGGCGAUGCCCAAGUUCCAUGCAGCGGCUGCUCUCGGUGACAACUGCACAAUUCAGGCCGCAGACCGCAGAUACGUCGAUCCGCCUAGCCUUUUGUAUGAGUCGGACGCCCUGUGCCAUCUUUUAUAUACUCCUACCGGCAUUACUGGUUCAUGCAAAGGAGACAACACAGAUGAAGAUCACGAUUCGGGUUGCAGCAGUCCUAAAAUCGCUGCGCACGUGUCGUGUCUCUUCCUUGGCUAUGCACAGCCCUACAUUCAAGAAGCCAUUUCAGCCAUUGCCAAUGGCUGCAUCUUUUUCUCAAGCACCCCCCUCUACCUAGCUCAGGCCACGACAGUCCUGCCUGGAUUCAUGCCUUACGAUGCGGCAGCAACACCACCACCAGGAAAGAGGCGCAUGGAUGAUGAAAAUGUUGAUUUACGCCUUGUCUAUCCGAGCAAGUACCUCAGCCUUGGAUUCCAUCUAUGUUGCGCUGCCUAG